AUGCAAACAAAGCGAACAAAACUGCAAUCCCGGCAAGUCUCGGGAAGUUGAAAAGAGAACACAUUCGACGUCCAAUCAGAAGCGAUUCCAGGCCCAAGCGUUCUGAAGGAAGGUCGCGUCCACCGACAAAGUACUUACCUACAUUUUUAUAAAUUAAAAGUCGCGUCCCUUGCUCGUUGUGUCAUUGCGCAGCGCGGUUAAGAAAAAUAAGUUUUAACAAUUUAAAAUGGGCCCAGACGAUUAUAGUGAUUAUGGAAGCGGUAGCAGCACUAAUUCUGGGAGGUCUUGGCACAGCCAGGAGCCGUGGCCGCAAUUCAAAUCGGGACUAGAGAGGCGAAGGACAUCCAGCAGUUUCCUAGACUUGGUGAUGAACCAGUGCACUCUGGAUGAUGCCCUGGAGGAGUUCAGACUGAACGGAUCCGAUUCCCCCUACAACCCUGAGGAGGAGCGGUGGAGUUAUCAAGGGGUAGGUACUACCCACGCAGACCAGCUGAUCGGCAUGGGGCCUUCGAGCCAGUACCUCCGCCAGAAGUCCUGGCCACAACCCGAGGUGACGCCCGCCGUGCAGCUGCCGAGAAACCAGGAGUGGAGCACCAGCCUUGAACAGGACUUCAGGCCUUCUGUGCAGCCUGCUGAAGUUCCUGUAGAAGUUUCUUCACCUCAGUACGAAAUCAAUCAACCAGAGGCAAUCAGUCAGGAGCAGCUGAGAGUAUUGUCGUCUCUUCCUAAUGAUGUGUUGUAUGCUUUGCUGCGGGGGCUGGAGGGGCAGGGGGUGGAGAAGAAGCCGAAAAGACGAAUGAAUGAGAUGCAACAAGAAUGCCGCUUCUGCAAGAACAACGGCGAGCGCGAGUCGUACUACCGGUCGCACUCGCUGAAGGCGGGCGGGCGCGUGGCGUGCCCCGUGCUGCGCGCCUUCGUGUGCCGCCGCUGCGGCGCCUCCGGCGACGCCGCGCACACCGCCAAGUACUGCCCCAUGGCCACUCUUGAAGAACGCAAGAAAUCAGCGGCCAUGAUGCGCAGCGUGCGGCUGUCGGCGGCGCGGCGGCGCGCGGCCAGCCCCGAGCUGGUGAGGUUCGGCGCCGCGCCGCUGCACCCGCUGUGGGCCGCGUUGGAGCAGAAACUUAUGCUGUAGUGCGGGAAACGGUCGGUGCGGCGACAGCACGCUAUGCUCCGUGCUUUUGACAUACGUUGAUUCAUUAAUUUUAUCGAAAUCAGACGCACGUUUAUGUCGAAACCGAUAUAUGAAACGACGGAGCGGCACGACGCAACGUAACGAUGAGGCCAGGUUCUAGUUAUACCUAUACAAAAUUGUAGUUUCCAGUUAAAUAGUGUGUUAAGUGAAAAUUUGGAAUAACGACAUCUAAGGGUAAAUCUCUGAACUAACUUCAGCGAUACGGAUUUUCUUAAUUUUCAAGUUUUUGUUAAUCUAUAUUCUAGCUAUUUAGUACCUAUUUAGUUCAAAAUAAAUAAUAUCUUUUACAAUAAUGUGCCAUUCACAAUUUAACUGGAAACAAAUAAUAACAGUUGAUUAUAAAUUUACAUUAUCAUAUAGUUGAUUGGUUAGCCGCUAGAUGGCAUUUUGAAUUAUUAUGUUUUUACGUCUUGUUAUUUUGAGUAUUGACUGCUUUGUUAUAGAUUUAUAUGUGACUCUAGAUAAUCUAGUAUCAUGUUAUAUAUUUUAUAUAUUUACGAAUUUUAUCACGUCUAGCAACAAAUAUUUUUCUUUGAAAAAUGUUGCUGAUUAUGGUUUUUAAGAAUAAGACAAACAUUAUUGUAAAAUCUAUUCACUUAAAUAUAUAAAUGUAUCGUUAUAUACUAUGACAUUUUCUAUAAACUUUUUUGAUAUAAUGUGACUAGAAGCGGAUUCAAUAUCAUAAAUCAAAAGUAUUUUAUUGAAUGAAAUAUUUUACAUAAAUCGGCGUCUCGCAGUAAUACUGUGUAACUUUUUAGACAUUUUCUAUUUCAAAUUCUCUGUAAUUUUGAAAUGAAAAUGCUCCAAUGAAUUUAACACCCGCUGAUUUCGUAAUAAAUUUUUGGAUAAAAUUAUCAAUUUUCCUUAGAUAUACUGUUUACACUAAAAUGCAAUAGAUGGCGUUAUGUGUCAGUAACAUGAAAAUACAUUGAGAAUAUUUCUUAUUAACAAUUUAUUUUUCAUUGUUUAAAGCAGUUUAAAUAAUACAUAAAAUCCGCAUGUCACUGAAUAAUAUUCUUCAAAUUAACUUAGAUAGUAGGUAAGUACAGUACUCUUAUUUUUAUUAAGAUUAUAUCGCUUUAAUUUGUUGAUUAAUUUAUGAGAAGAAUUUACUUUAUGUUCACGAAAUACGUCAUUUUUGACACGUUAUCGGUGUUGGUGUCUUUUGGGUCAAAUAUAUAAAACUGAUCUAUA